CUGGAGGACCUAAGAGGGUUAGAGCAUCCUGAGGUUUGCGUUCUGCCUGUAGAGUCACGCAUGCAGGCUACUUCCAGCAUCCUCAAGCUUGCUACUGACCUCGCCGCCAUGGAGUUGUAGCCUCUUUGGCAGUUUUUCUUCAUCUUUUUCUACAUUAGGGUUGUCUACCCUGCAUUUUUUUCCACUUUUGGAUGAAGCUUCUCUGAAGCCCCACAAAAACAAACAAUUGAAGGCUCAUAGAGUAGCUUUGAAUGAUGGGGAACCAUGGCUCCAACCUAGAUGACAUCCUGGCCGAGGACAUGCACCACUGGUACAACAUGUUCAUGCGGGAGUCGCCGUCGGGCCUCAUUACACUUUUUGAGCUGAAGACCAUUCUCGGCCUGAAGGGGUUGAACGAGAACGCCAACAGCUACGUGGACCAGGUCUUCUUCACCUUCGAUUUGGACGGGGACGGGUAUAUCGACUUUGUGGAAUACAUUGCCGCCAUCAGUCUGAUGCUGAAAGGAGAAAUUAACCAGAAGCUAAAGUGGUACUUCAAACUAUUUGACCAGGACGGAAACGGAAAGAUUGACAAAGAGGAGCUGGAGACUAUUUUUUCGGCCAUCCAAGACAUUACACGCAACCGAGACACUGACCCCGAAGACAUCGUCACGCUUAUAUUUGAGAGAAUCGACGUAAAAGGAGAAGGGGAGAUGACCCUGGAGGAGUUCAUCGAGGGCGCCAAAGACCACGAGGACAUCAUGGACAUGCUGAGGAACUUGAUGGACUUGACGCCAGUGUUGGUCAUCAUAGUAGAGGGCCGCAAGGCGUGAGAGCUGACCUAAAACCCAAAAUGAACAUUAGGGGGAAAAAUGUGCAAAGAGCUGCUACAGCCACACCAAAAAGGCUAACAUGAUGUCAGAAUGUCACAAGUAAGGUUCCCACACUUCUUGUUGAACAGUGUCAUUUUAAAAAUGGACACAAAUGCUGUUGGUUUAGUCGUAAUGGUGUGCUAGGUGACAAUCAUUACUGUGUUUUGUUUGAACAGGUCUCUUACAGAGUAAGUUCAUCAAUUUUAGUGCCUGUAUCUUGAUUUAAGUUGGAAAAGAACUUCAAAUCUAGACGUCAAAAGCUCACAUCCUUAAAAUUUGAAGACAAAGCUUUUGUAUAAUAUAUUUUCAAUGCCGUUUGUCUUUGUAUAAACAUCUAACAGAGUAUUAGGGCCACACUGAAAAAUCUAAAAAUUACGACUUCUUCAAAUACUUUAUUCUUCACAAAAUUGUUAUUUUAAUGUUGUAAAAUUUUACAUUUUCUUUUUACAUUGCUGUGCAAUAUGGACAAAAAAAUGUAUAUCCCAAUAUAAGUAAUUGUAUGUCCAAAUAAUGAUAUAUAUCCUGAUAUAGUAUUUUUUUUAAUAGUAUAUAUAUAUAUAUUAGGGGUGUGGGAAAAAAUCGAUUCGAAUUCGAAUCGCGAUUCUCACGUUAUCGAUUCUCAUUUUUAAAAAACUCAUUUUUUUGGUAAUUUUUAUUUAUUUAUUUAAAAAAAAUUGUUUUUUUUUUUUAAUUAAUCAAUCCAACAAAACAAUACACAGCAAUACCAUAACACUGCAAUCCAAUUCCAAAACCAAACCCGACCCAGCAACACUCAGAACUGCAAUAAACAGAGCAAUUGAGAGGACACACAAACAUGACACAGAACAAACCAAAAGUAGUGAAACAAAAAUGAAUAUUAUCAACAACAGUAUCAAUAUUAGUUACAAUUUCAACAUAGCAGUGAUUAAAAAUCCCUCAUUGACAUUAUCAUUAGACAUUUAUAAAAAUACAAAUAAAUGAAUAGUGUCACAGUGGCUUACACUUGCAUCGCAUCUCAUAAGCUUGACAACACACUGUGUCCAAUAUUUUCACAAAGAUAAAAUAAGUCAUAUUUUUGGUUCAUUUAAUAGUUAAAACAAAUUUACAUUAUUGCAAUCAGUUGAUAAAACAUUGUCCUUAAGAAUUAUAAAAGCUUUUUACAAAAAUCUACUACUCUGCUUGCAUGUCAGCAGACUGGGGUAGAUCCUGCUGAAAUCCUAUGUAUUGAAUGAAUAGAGAAUCGUUUUGAAUCGGGAAAAAAAUAGUUUUUGAAUCGAGAAUCGUGUUGAAUUGAAAAAAAUCUAUUUUGAAUCGAAUCUUGACCCCAAGAAUCGAUAUUGAAUCGAAUCGUGGGACACCCAAAGAUUCACAACCCUAAUAUAUAUAUAUA